AUGCCGCUUGUCCCUCCUCCGCCUUAUAGUGAAAUAGAUUUUUCAUUGCUAACGGUUGAUCCAUGGUCAACACCACAGUGUAGUUCGAUGUGGGAUCCAUUAAAAGAGUUUGAAUUAGGACUGAUAUUCUCAUCUAGAGAGGAUGUCCAAAAAGCUGCCAAAGAAUAUCAUUUACAUAGGCACCAUGAGUUUUGUAAUGAGGAGACAAAGAGUAGAACAUAUGCCAUCAGGUGCAAAGACAUAAAGAGCAAUUGUAAGUGGAGAUUGAGUGCCUCACGAGGGAAAGGAAGUGAUAUAUGGAAAAUUACGCGAUAUAAAGGACCACAUACAUGUGUUAAUCCAUCACUGUCACAAGAUCAUAAGCAAUUGGAUAGCAAAUUUAUAUAUGAUUUCAUUCUCGCCAUUAUAUGUGAACAACCCAAUGUCAAGAUAGGAGCGUUACAGUCUGAAAUGAAAGAUAAGAUUGGAUAUAUGCCAAGUUAUCGAAAGACCUGGAAGGCUAGGCACGAUGCAAUUAUUAAGAUCUUUGGUGAUUGGGAGGAAUCUUUCGGAAGGUUGCGACAAUUUAUGCUUGCUUUGUGCAAACAGAACCCUGAAAGUAUGUUCUUCAUUGAAGAUGAUCCUUUUUUUGUUAAUAAUAGAUUAGAUCCUGCUUAUCGGGUUUUUGUAGGACAAGGGGGCUACAAAGGAUGUUUAUUUUGUGCAACAACACUUGAUGGUAAUAACCAUAUUUUCCCAAUUGCGUGGGCAAUAGUCGACAGUGAAAAUGCAAGGAACUGGGAUUGGUUUAUGUCUUGUUUGAGGGUGUUUGUGACAGAUCGUAAAGGAAUAUGUGUUAUAUCAGAUAGACAUAUUGCCAUAAAAAAGGCAAUGAAUCAAGAUUGGUGGCAGCCCCCUGAUGGGCAUCAUCGAUACUGCUUAAGACAUAUCCUCAGCAAUUACAACACAAAGUUUAAGAAUACUAAUAUGAAAGAAGCUCUCCGAAAGGCAGGUUAG